AUGCCGAGUAAUCAACCAGACAAGAACCCACUGACUGGCGGCUUGCCAACUCAGAAUCAAGGCGACACCACAUCCAACCUCAAAAAUUAUGAUCCAGCUACACAAGUUCAGAAGCCGGAGGAUCGGGAUGCGGACAAUCCCAUCCUGGUGUGGGACCUGAAUGAUUGGAGACCCUCUCAGCAUCUCGGAGGGAACGGGAACAUCUCCAACAUCGCACCCAACUUGGCACCCAAUAUCAGCGCCAUCGUCCUGUCCAGAACGGAACGCUAUUUCAGAGGGAUCCCCGGAACUGAGGAUGAAGCUCAUACCUUCAACGCGAGCGCCGCGAAAGGGUUCACCUUCAGGAACCACGCAGUGAAGGAGACCGGUCGAGAUGACCGAACUAUACCCCCAGAAUUCUUUGACCAGAAUCUGUAUCUGCGACCUGAGCGAUACAUCCAACGACUCAGGUUUGCGAACGCCUCGCAAACUUCAAAACUGAACCUGGCAGACGGAACUCUAGCCGUGGAGAUCUACAUGAAUGUAACUUUGUGGGUCGGACUCUGGCCCCGGGUUGCAUCUCUCGAGGAUGCCAGGUCGUUCAUCAUGAGGACUUCAGACUGGUUCUUUUGGGACCUGAACGACCGCACCGACGUCCAGUCCAGUAACCUGUGGGAAAGAGUUCGACUGAACUUUGAGGAGAUGAAGGAGCGUGGACUGGACCCCAAAUACCUGGUUCGACACAAAGGGGCCAUUGUUACCUCCCUCUCAAGCGAGCAUGACCCCCGAGACCUAUCACUACCGACCCCCAGACGGAGCCCAGAGUACACCCAAAGACUCGCUCGAUGGCGAAGAUACGGCCAGUGCGAAUCAGCAGGAGGUCCGGAGAUGCUGACGAUAAAGCAACAACGAUCAGUGAAAUCCUACCUGAGGGAAAUGACGGGGCACUGGGUGAAUAAGAACAAUCCCUGGGUGAUGGACGAGAUGGACUGGAUCAGAGACCCUGCGAAUCCACCAGUGUGGACCUGGAUCCGAGUUGAUGAGUCCGAAAUUCGACUCCGAGGCAUCAAUCACUACGAACUUCUUGUCAGGACCGACCUCCUUCCCUACUCUGGUCUGCGUGAUGGGAAGUUCAUGAAUGACCAUUUCGUCAAAGUAUCCCGCCAGGGCAGGCGAGCAGAUGCAUACCUUAAACGCUUGGCUGACGCAAGGAACAUGAAACUGAUCAUCGACGAUGAGAAUGGGAGAGUGGUGCCACUGGUGACCCCUUGCAGGAGAGCAUAUGCCAGACCAUCUUUUGAUUUCUACCCGGUGAUGGGCGAUCAGCCAGCCACCAUCUCCGAAGUUCAGGCAGCCAAGAACGAGAUACUGAUGAUGGCCAACGCUCCCCCGUGGGGGUCAAGUUUCCUUAGCCCAGGGGCAAAUAAGACGCCGACGCUUUUUGUUUUUGAGCAGGGAUUCUCCAGAGAGACGAAGUGGGAGGACUAUCUGAAGAAGAUUCGAAUGGCUGUGGCGACAGGGAAAGCCUCCAAGGGGAUGACCGCACUAGCUGGCAGAGGCGACCCAGAAUACGCGGUUCUGCAGAAAGAGCCCGGACCAGAGACCGACUGGGUAUCGUUGGUGAAUAAUUUCCUCCGAAAAAUUAAAGAACCAGACGCAGAUAUAUCGGGCUCGGUCCCCAAGCGGGAUUGGAAUUCUCCCAUGAUCUACCUCAGCCAUAUCCAGAAAGAACCUACAUCCCCCUCUUGGCUUGCAGAAUGUUCAAACAUCACCCCCGCUGAGCAAUAUGCGUUCGAAGUCCUCACUUUCGAUGAGACCAAAGUCUUCUUCAGGCGACUACUUGGUUCGGAGCUCGACAUUCGUCACGACAAGGUUAACCGGAUUGCACGUAAACCCCAGGUUUACUCGGUCGAGUGGCACGAAGAUCCCGACAUUAUUGUCGACAAUGUGGUCCACACCUUGGGCGGGAUCACCAGUCUUCAAGCGGUGAGAUGCAUUCUGAAGGGACUUCGGGCAGUCAAGAACUGGGACAACAAGGAUCCCAAAUCCAGGCCCUCAAUUUCCAGGCACACCUACCCGCAGCAGCUGAGUUACACGGGUGCACAUUGGGGGCGAACGGCGAAGUGGUUCCAGAAGGUCGACAAGAAAGCAGCGGACAAGAAGGCCAAGAAAAAGGGAGACCCAAACCCCACAUCAGAUAAGGAAUACGACGGAGAACUGCUGGCGCCAUACGAGAAACAACUGAAGGUCAAUGGCGUGCAUUGCCCUCUGCUUGAGGAAAAGGUUGAUGAGCUUACGCUAUCAAGGUCCACUCCCGAAAUUAUCGGAGUCUUCAUCAGGAUCAUGGCAACCAAGUGCCUGUACCGAGAGAAACCACCACCCCGACAAAUUUACAUUCUGAGACUUGAGGACGUGUGGCUCACCGAUCCGAAGUUUAGAAACAAGAAAUGGGUGGGAGAUCUCAUGCUGCGCGAAUUUGACAUGGAAUACGCCAGAAAGAUCAGAGAGCACAUCGCGGCCUUCGCAUUCGGUGACCGGAGGCGGCCACCCGAGCCAACUCCCAUCCGGACUUUGACUGCAGCUGAAGAAGCCUCUCGCGCCCUAGUUUUCCCUCUCAGACCCAAAAACUAUUUGACCGAUUUGCACCAGAGGAAACCUUGGAACGACCAGGUGAGAGUGGGUGUACAACUUGGCCGGGAUCGCAUCUUUUCGCCUGUGAAAGCAGCAGAAAUUAAAAAGGCGACAGACAACCACAAGACCGCGGGUUCAGCCAAAGGGAAGGAUGCGACAACGUCCACUCCUGAAAAGCCCAAAAGCGCGAAUACUGUAGAUGAUUCCACCCAGAAGCGAAAAGAUGUCGACAGCGACCUGGAAAAGGAAACUCCAGCCCGGAAGAAAAGAAGAAACGGAGCACCGGAGACAGAGGCUUCAGUUCUGCCAGCGAAGGCGCCGAAUCUGGCUGGUCUCUCAUCCGAUUCCACCGUUGCUCCCAAAACCCAGCAGAGCACUUUUCCAGUCAUGCCUCCUCACAAAAGCUUUGACGACUUCAAACUCUCGGUGUCCUCCAGCUUUGACCCAUCUGUGGCAAGUUUCAUGCCUCGCGAGGUAUACAGCUGGUAUUCUGAGAUGCGGGCCGCAGCGGAAGCAAGGGAGAUGGCUUUCUCCAACGUACUGACCGAAACACAUACACUGAGAACAGCCGUGGCCAAUCAUGAAACUGAGAUCACGCAACUGAGGGGUGAAGUGGAACGCCUGAUGGAGAAGCUGGCAGAAGAGAAGAACAAACCGGCGGCUGCAAGGGAGAUGUUGGCGCUGGUGAAACAAAUGAACACAAUGGGGUCCCAGAUUGAAAGCCUACUAACCCAGAAUUCAGCGGAACAGGUUGCUGAGCGUGAUGAUAACUCCAUCGAUGCCGAGGACAUGGACCCGGAUGGGGAGAACCUAGAGACGCAGGACAAUGUCGAAGAGACGCGCAAAGAAGAUGAGACCGAGAAGGAGGCUUUCAUUUUUUCAAUCCCCCAGGGACAGUGGGAGAUACCCAACGAAUCUGUGGGACAGAUUCCUUUUAGCAACCUCAAAAUUAUGAUGGAGUCUCCAGCUUUCCGGGAAUGGGUUGGAGAUUUCAGUGGCAAGCUUGACACGAGGGUCAUUCAGAAGCAUGCUGCUAGGCUCUGUGAAGCUCUUGGCGUAAUACCCCAAGAUCCCCAUCAAAUUGUGAUCCAGGAAAACGAGAGGACAUAUGGACGACCACCCAUCUCUCAAUCGUCAACCACCGGCAAUCGGGAAACGACCCUUGAAAAACCAGCAUCUGGAGGGACAAGUAUGGUGAGACUCUCUGUGGGCGGGGAUCAGCCCGCUGAGAACAAUCUCCAGAAAUGGAAAAGUCUGGAACACAUGAUGAUACUCGAAGACACCGGCUGGCAUCCCCACUUUGCUUUCUUCGACGGAGAGAAAGAGUGGACAGUGGACCAAAGAAAGUUGGGACCCAGAAUGACUGCCGAGGAUGUCGCCCGUAUCCUGAGCAGCCCCAGCUUUAGGCGGUCGCUGGACAAAGUGAAGAAUCAACGCCCUUGCAAAAUUGAAGGGCUGAUCAGCAAAAGUUGGAGUGAAGCCUACCCUACCUACUCCGCGGACCUCGAACUGGUGCUGCGGGCUGUGGACACGCAUCAUACCCAAUUCACUGAUUCUGAAAUAAUUGCAACUGCGGGCACGUUUCAAUGGAAAAUGAAUAUGCACCACCAAACGCAAUUGGGUUUCGGAGUAAUACGUGUCCUCCAACAGGCAAUUGGAUGCAAAUGUUACUUGAUUCUGAGGGGCGCACAGCAUGAAAAAGACGUCCAGAGGGCCUUGCACGAAGUCUGUGUGCAAACAGGCGCGGGAACGGGCGACAGUCCCGAUGGCAUUGUCCCCUUCAUACCCACCGGGUUUGUGAUGAAAUAUCUAGCGGACGCCUUCCGGACAGCGCGAAUGCCCAUGUUGAGUUUCGACAACAUUUACAACGGUUCUCGCGUGGAUGAACCCGCGAUCUCCUCUAACGAGACACUGACAAUCAAGACCACCAAGAUGAAAUGGAGGGUGCCACUGAUCCUGCUGGGUGAUGAUGACUUCCAUGGGGAAGUCUUCAAAGUUAGCCGAGACCGGCAGUUUCUGAACGAACUUGACAAAAUGACAAUCCCCGACCCAUGGGCAGCUGUGAAACUGCUACAGAAAUACCUGGGCAAAGGCACACCCUCCACUACCAAGAGCGAUGAGACUCCCAUCUUUGAAGAAUCCAGCUGGACAGUUUCGGACGGAAUCCAAGGCUGGACCCUGUUCCGGGAGGAUAUCGACGCACAUAUCGGUAGCCUUGAGGUAGCAGACAUUCUGCAGUCGGUAGACUUCAGACGGCACCUCAGAACCUUGAAUGGCUUGCAUAUGUCCUACGACGAACGAAAAAAAGCGGCAGCUGAACAUGUUGUGAAUAUGUGGGCACAGAAAUACCCCACAUACGAUGCCCAUAUGACGAUUCUGAGAAGAGCGGAGAAGAGACAAUCUUGUUGGAGACAGACGGGACUCACGGGAGAUAAUGAGGAUGCUGUUGUUCUCACAUACGGGCCGCUCGUCUGGACAAUCCCCUUGACUAAGCUCGCGGCAGACGAACUCGAGAUCCUGGCGAAAUUGGGAGAGAAGAUUGAUUUCAAACGAUACCUGGUGCAGCGGGAGGCUCUCACCACAGAAGCAUUUCUUUCCACUCUCAGAACCCUCAUCCGACAGUAUGGCCCCUCGCUGACUAGUUCACGUUGGUCUGUUGACAAACCGGGACUUGCCGCUUCCAAAAUAGCCAACAUUCUGAAAACCCGGCUUAUGUUCGGAAAUCUUCCUCCCACCCACGGUUUCAUGGCACUAAAUUCAGGGAAGCAAUUGUGCAAGAUCUCCGACGGAGUGAAGGAAUGGGUUUUCAACACCCAGUUCGUUGACGAGUACAUGACGAAUACAGAGGUGCAGACCAUUGCCUCAAGAGCGGAUUUUCGCACUAUUUUGAAAGCACACCCAAGCUCAUCACCUGACUUGAUCAUCAAUGAGCUGAAGAUCUCUUGGGAAUCCCAAAAUCCCGGAUAUCUUGAGGAUGAAGAAUACGUUAGACAAUUUUUGGACGAUGCGACCUGCGAUGAGGACACUGACGACAAAGGCGUGACAGUUAAUCUGACGUACGGAGGAUACGAAUGGUCGGUAACUUUGAGAGAAACUGACCACAGUGCUCAGAAUCAGUUGCUCGAAGUUUUGAGAUUGGCAACUUUUCCGCCCCUGCUGGUGGUCCGGGACGUUUAUAAUGACAAGGGGGUUUUGGCUGUGGCCAGGGAAGUGGCAGAUCUGAUCGCGGGGAAUGAAAUGGAGGGUCGUUCACUAAUAUGGGGAGGGCGAGCUUGGCAAGUUCUGUUACUGAGCACCACUCCCAGCCCUUGA